AAUAAUACGCCUCGAUGCACGAGGAAUGGUUAUUAAAUGUAUGAUUUUCUUAGAACGCGUGUAACAAUGCAGGGCGUAUAUUAUAUAAAACUAUUGCUAAAUGUUUCGUAGCACUUGGUCAUUAAUCAAUUCUUUACUGUUGACAGUGUUCGGUGGAUAUAAGCAACAAGUCAAGGACGUGUUUUAUCUUAAUAGCAAUUGCUAAUGGCGAAUGAAGAUGAACCGUGUUGCCGCACAUUUACGUCUGUUUGCCUCAAAUUAUCUCGAAAUGUGCCGCGAGGCAAACUGAAGCAGUUAAAUUUCUUGCUUCAAGAUAUCAUGCCAAAAAUCGACAUUCAUGACGAAAAACCAUUUGUGGAAGUGAUAAAGAAGCUUGAAGCCCGUGGAGUUCUAAACCGGAAUAAACCUGGGCAGAACGAGGCAGUACUACUCUAUGAGUUAUGUGAUGCAGUUUCAUUGAACAGUCUGGGUGACGAGAUAUGUUUAGAUUUUGCACUUGAAAGAGAUCCGUUGCAUCAUAUGCGUAUCUCGUCAUUCAGAAAACUUCUAGUAAAGUUAUCUGACGAAUUAAACCAGGAUUCCCUUAUCGAUAAAAUGAAAGAAUUCUUAGCCAAUACCUUAGAUGGUGAAAUUCCACACAGUUUGGGCGAUGAAGAUGUUUCCGCCAUAAGUAUCUUUCAACGCAUGGUUCAAGCUUGUUUAAUCUCGGAACAAAAUUUUUCAUUGUUGGAAGAAAUGAUAGUAUUUUGUUCAAGAAAUGAUCUUCUGCAACACGUUGAUGAUUUCAGGAACAAGAACAAUAUUUUCAAGAAAGUUCCGUUUGGAUUGCGAAAUCUUCCUCGAGACAUGGUGGAACGCCAAGCAGAAGUAAACGACAUAUUAAGCUUGCUCAGUGCAGGCAAUAACCUUGUGGGCGUGGUUGGGGUUCGUACCGGCGAUAUAAUUGGUAUACGCGGUAUGGGAGGCCUAGGGAAGACUGUCUUAGCCCAGGCUAUUGCGUGGAAAGUGGCAAUGACUCGUCAGGUUAUCUGGCUUGAUAUUGGUCAAACUCCUGACUGCUUAGCACUGAUAAACACUCUCGUAAAAGCUCUCGGAGGGUCAAUGUCAUUUAGUGAUAUAUCCAGCGCGCAGUCCUGGAUACGAGCAAACACGGUGAAUAAGGACUGUCUUGUUGUUCUGGAUGACGUCUGGAAUGUUGACGACGCUGGUGUCUUUGAUUAUCUUUCUGGAAAAUGUCAAUUAUUGAUAACUACCAGAGAUUCUGAUGUCGUUCGUGGCCUAAAAGCUUCAGCUCUGUACGAACUACAAACUAUGGCACAGAAUAAAUCGAGGGCGCUUUUAUACCAAAGCGCACAAGUUACCGAUGACGAAAAAUCCAUGUUUAGCACAAGAAUGCAGGCAAUUGUUGUCGAACUACUGGAGCAGUGCCGUGGCUUGCCACUAGCUUUGUCACUCGUAGGCUCAAAUUUAAUUGACUCCCGGGCCGAACAAGACUGGCAAGAUGUUUUAGAUGACUUAAAGGAUGCCAAUUUGGAAGAACUAAGGUCUUUUUUUCCAAAAGAUUCUUAUCCCUACGAUAACCUUUUGGCUGCCAUUAACGUUAGUUUUGAGCGCUUGGAAGAAAGCCAUCGAGAGAGGUUCCUCGACUUCGCGAUAUUUCCAGAGGACACAGAUAUACCAUCUGAUAUUCUUGAGCUCUUUUGGUCUUCGGCCGAUUCUGGGAAACGCACGUGCAACGCUCGGAUGGGAAGGCGCAUUCUUACUGUGCUUGAGAAAAAAUCAUUGAUUCAAAAAGGUCCAGCACUGCAUGGAAAGAACAGCUACCGUGUCCACGAUCUGCUCUUAGACUUUGCGCGAGGAAAACUGCGCGACACAAUAACUGAUGUCCAGUGCAUGUUUAUCGAGGCACUGAAUAGAAAAUGUGUAAACGGUGAAUGGGCGAAAUUCCAAGGCAAUAAAGAUUAUUACUAUCAGUAUCUUCCCUAUCAUCUGCACUCUUCCGAGCAGUAUGGGGUGCUGCUUAAUCUCUUCUUUGACUUUCACUGGUUGGAACAGAAAGUGAAGGAGACAAAUUUGCCAUCUUUAAUUUCCGACUUUCGCUUUUUGGGUACGGAUUCGUAUGAAAUUAAAUUACUGAAGUCAUCUUUGAUGUUAUCUGCAGACGUGAUCGAGAAAGCGCCUGAUUCAAUUGGUCCACAACUGUUAGGUAGAUUGCUAUCGUGUGCUGACGAACACCCAGCCGUGAAGCGGCUAUUGGAACACAUCCGUGAAAGAUGCACUAGAAAAUGCCGUCUUAUGCCACUAUUUUCUUGCCUUUCCGAACCUGUUGGACCGCUGAUCAAGAUAUUUAGAAAGCACGUCGAUAAAGUGCUCGCGUUAACCACAUCCGUUAGUUCAACGGGUACAAUUGUCAUCUCUGCAUCAACGGACCGUUCAGUUAAAGUUCAUGAUCUCGAAACAGGCAAAGAGUUGCAAGUGCUCAAUGGUCAUACGAUGGCAGUGUAUUGUUUAGCUUUGUCCCAUAGCGGGACAAUUCUGGCCUCAGGGUCUUAUGACUCCACCACUAGACUUUGGAAUAUGGACAGCUAUGAACAGCUGUUUGUUUUACAAGGAGAUGGUGGCUUUGUGAAUGCAUUGGAUUUCAGUGCGGACGAUCGGCGUCUUUUUACUGGGUCAAAUGAUGGGUACCUCAGGGUGUGGCUUGUCGCUACAGGUGAACUGUUUAGUUCCCUUCCAGCACAUAAUGGUCAUAUUCGUGGUCUGUGCACGACCAAAGAUGGUUUGUACGUUGCAACUGCAUCCCUUGACUACACCAUCAACCUAUGGCGUUCGGAUACAUUAGAAUUUCAGGGUUGUUUCAUUGGCCAUAUUGAUACUGUAUACAGUAUAGUGGCAACAGGUGGUGACAAACCAACGCUUGUUUCCGGUUCCGGCGACAAGACCGUAAAAAUCUGGGAUUUGAAAACCUGCAAGGAAGUUCGUUCUCUCUGUGGUCACCAAGGCGAGAUUUAUUGUGUUGCUGUGAGCCCGGACACGAAGCACGUUAUCUCCGCGGGCAAGGAUUUGGUUGUGAGAUUGUGGUGUUACCACACGGGAAAAUUGCUAUUUAAUUUUGAAGGACAUAGUCAAUCGAUCAGAUGCGUUUCAAUCAUUUCCGAUGGUUGUAAAGCUUUGUCUGGCUCCCAGGAUAAGAGUUUUCGAGUGUGGGACCUCGACACGAGUGCGUAUAUGAAACGGGAGAGAAUACGUGGUCACUCUGACGAUGUCAUGGACAUAGCAAUUACUCGCGAUGGGUCGAGAUGCGUUUCCUCCUCAAAGGAUGGGUCUUUAAAGAUCUGGAAAUGUGAGACUGCAGAUGAACGCUACGCAUUGACAGGUCACACGAAAAGAGCAAUAAGUGUUGCUAUUUCAGUCGACGAUCGCUACGUUGUGUCGCUCGGAAAAGAUUCUUUCAUAAAGGUUUGGAACAUGGAAUCUGGGAACGAAACAAAUGUAAUUGAAGGCGACAAACAAGCUCGAUUUGUUUGCUUCAGUCCGGAAGGAGAAUUAGUCCUAAUUGGAUGCAAAGACGAUCGUUUUUUUAUGUGGAAUUGGAAGAAAUACGAUGUGCCUAUCAAGUGCGUUAAAUUACCCGCAUUUACCACCAUGGCCAUCGCAUGUGACAGGAAUUUAGUUUACACGUGUGGUAGAAAUAGCGAAGUGUGCCAAAUUGAUCGCUCAUCUUCGCUACAAGCGACAGCCAUUAGCACAGGGCCCAAUCCGAACUGUACGUCCAUGGUGAUAUUACCUAGUGGUGCAGCAGUAUUGUCAGGAAUACCUACAUAUAGUGUGUUCAUCUAUUGGGAACUGUCAUCAUGGCGAGAAAUACGAUAUGAUGCGGGACAUCCAGACGAAUCAAUCGUAACUGCAAUUGACAUAACCUCAGAUGGUAAACUUGCAUUGUCUGGAAGCAGCUCUGGCACUAUUUCUUUGGUGAACUUGGAGAGCUCUAAUGUAGUGCAGACUUUCACAAAGACCGAAUCUGGGGAUGGCAUACGCUUGCUUCGUAUUCUGAGAGACGAUAACAACUUUGUAGUUGUGAACGAGACUAAUACAGUAGAACUGAGAAAUUUUGAUAACAGAUCUGGAAUGGUCAUGGCUCAACCACCUUUUAAAGUUAAUUGUGUAACCACUCUUGGUUUAAAAUAUAUACUCCUGGGCUGUGCCAAUGGGGAUUUAUUAUUGUACGACUAUCUAGUAUGCCUUGAUCGCGAGUACAAUUAUCAAGCGCAUUCCGAAUCCGUAUCUCAAGUUGAAGGUCAUCCAAGCAAUGAAUACCUCUACUUUUUAUCCGGAUCUGAAAAUGGGUCAGUAAAACUGUGGUAUGUUACAAAAACAACGCCCCCAGUAUGGAGUCAAAUGUGGUCACGUGACUGCAUCCACUCACAUCUAAUAACUGCACUGGCUUUCGUUCCAAACUCCGAGGAUGUCGUGAGCGGUUCCUAUGGAAACGAGGUGCACCGAAUAAACGCGACAGGAAUCGUGCGUACAUACAAGUAUAGAAGUUAUGGAAUCGCAGUGCUGCGUGUCGUGGGCACCUUACUUGUUGCCGCCUGUAUUCGUGGUCUUACUGCAGUGAAAUGGAGUUUAAACGAAGGCCAUGUGACCAAGAAGGUUCACACCGGCGCUGGUAGGGAGCAAGUAUCACGUUUCAACCACACUUGCGAUCACGUGGCCUCAAAAGGUUCUCGACAUUCUCUGUUGUUUUGGAGUCUCGAAACUGGAAGAACAAUCCAUAAACUUCGUGGACACACACAUGAUAUCAGGGCCUUGGCAUUUGUGCCCGGAGGUCAAUUUCUAUUGUCAGGUUCGCGCGACAAGACUCUAAAACUGUGGAAUCUACGAUCUGGUUGCUUAGUUGAAGAGUUUCAUUUUGAGCGUUUUGUUCUGGCCAUUGCGUGUGCUCCAAAUGGGAUCGUUUGUGUAGGAUUGCAAGGCGGUCAAGUCUGUUUUUUACGCCUCAAUAAUUUAUAACCGUUUACAAGAAGCUUUAACAAUAAUCCUAUCCUAGCACUUGUCUCUUUAAGCGCGAAUGAGAGCUGGAAACGCAUAAAGAAUAUACAUGCUUAUGUAUUUCACAUGAUAUUUCCUUUGUUAUCCCAGUCUGUUGCUUUGUUUCUACAUUGUACUUUUGUAGAUAGAUCUGGAAUGUAAUAUAUCAAUUCCAUUUUAUUAAACCCUGCACGAGUU